CUCGAUAUCAGCCAGUAAGCGUGUGAGGAGAAAGAAGGAGCAGAUUAGUCAGACAAAGAUGCCCUGGCUUUGACUGCUACUGCAGAGACAGUGGAUGUACCUGAAAAAGGCUCAAUACAGAGGUUGGAAACUGAAAUAAAUAUAGAAAGAAAGACAGGAUAUAAGAGGACUAGAGAUCCUGCGACCUGCUUGGCAUGAAAGGUGUCCCUAGCUGGUUGGCACUGUGUACAGGAGCCAGUGUGUGUGUGAGUGUAUUCAGAUGAACAGGAAAUUUCAUUGUGGAAUGUGGCUUAGCUAACCUCAGGGGACCUACGGAAACAUACCUCACCAUGCUGGGAAAGGACUACAUGCUCGCCAUCAUAAUACUCAACUAUGAAGAUGAUAUCUGGAACGAUCAGAGUCUAAUGUUGGAUUCAGACUUGCCUCCGGGAUGGCGCACCAUACGGGACAGCACCGGCACCUACUACUGGCACGUGCCCUCAGGCAACACACAGUGGCAGCAUCCCUCAUAUAGCACAGAUGACGAACAGAACGUCAGCAGUGGCCUCACAGCCAACCAGCUCAAGAGCACUGGAGCAGAAGAAAGACAUGAGUCCAGAAACAGAAUAACAGAAAGCCCAUUGCAUUCGCUUAGUGAGGGAGUGUCUUGGCAGGAAGACAGCUUUUGUUCUAACAUGGACCCAGACUCCAAGUAUUUUGCAGUACGCUCUCUGGGCUGGGUGGAGAUACCAGAGGAGGAGCUGGCUCCAGGAAAGAGCAGUCUGGCAGUCAAUAAUUGCAUUCAGCAGCUCUCUCACAGCAAAGCAGAAGGUCGUGAUGCUGUGGGGGCCUGGGGAGAGGGCCAGGACAUGAUGAUGGUCCUCAAAAAAGACACACUAAGCCUCCUUGACCCUGUAGAUCGCAGUCUCAUUCACUGCCAACCAAUCAUCAAUAUUCGAGUCUGGGGGGUCGGCUGCAAUAAUGGAAGGGACUUUGCCUUCGUGGCCAGCGAUAAAGACACAUGUAUGCUGAAGUGCCACGUGUUCCGAUGCAGCGCACCAGCUAAGACCAUAGCCUCGGCCCUGCACCAGAUGUGCUCCAAGAUCAUGGCAGAAAAAGCAAGAAUGCCUCGAUCUGUGGUGCGCUCACUAACAAUGGAAAGUAUCUCCCCUGAGGACCUGCCUCACCAAGUCAACUUCUUGGAUGCAGUGAGGCAAAGAGUUCAAAAAUUUGAGGUGGAGUACAUUGGAAAUCUGCCUGUCUCCAGAGCAAUGGGAAUGGAGGUGCUGAACAGGGCAAUAGAAAGCAUCAUGCACUCCAGAGACAGAGAUGAAUGGGAACCAGUUGUAAUCCAUGUAUCAGACACAGUGCUUUCUCUAUGGAGGGGGGAGGACGGUGAUGAUCCUUUUUGGGAAUAUCAGGUACGCUAUCUGACCUUUCUUGGCGUUGGUCACGACACACAUACCUUUGCGGUGAUUGUAGAUGCAGGCACACAGCGCUUUGAGUGUCAUGUGUUCUGGUGCGAACCUGAUGCUGGGAUCGUAUCUGAGGCAGUACAGGCUGCAUGCAUGGUCCAGUACCAGAAGUGCUUGGUCGCGCAGACUCCACCCUUAAGGUCAAAAAUGUGGCGAGCAGGCUCCAAAGUCAAACGUGCCAACUCCAUGGAUGCCUCCAGUUUUCCACCAUGCCACCAAAGACACACACCACCCAAAAUGGCUUCAUCUAGCAUAAAGAAAGGCAUGAUGGCUUUUUUUGAGACUUUUCGAAAUAAGCCUCCUGUGGUCCCUGCACCCUGACAACAGGGAUUAGGGGAGGGCAGGUGGAAGGACUGACUGGUCAGGAGGAGGGAGGUUGCACGACAUUGUAAAGUAUACAGACUAAAUAUGUUUAGUGUUUGGAUAUCUAUUUGCAAGAAUAUGUUUGUAAACCCUUUGGAAUAACCUUGGAUUUUUUUAAUUUCAUUGUCAUCAACCACUUUAUCUGUCCUGGUCAGGGUUGUGGUGGUUCUUGUUUCACCAGGAAACACUGGAAUACCCUGGACAGGGAGCAAAUCCAUUGCAGAGAUAGCCAAGUGCAGCUACAGCACUGCUGAAAAAAACCCCAGAUGCUAGGUUUUUACUUUUGGUGUAACCUUUGCAGGAUCGUCACUAAAAGAAAUGAAUCAACAUUUCUCGCAUUUCUAGACAGUUUGUCUUAGGUCUUUAAAUUUGUGCCUUAUGCACCUCAACAACAUAGGUCAUCUCAUUAAU